AUGAGUAGAAUAGAUAGGGUGGUGGUCAAUGGUUGUUGGCUGGAUUUGUUCCCUGAAUCAGAGGCAAUAGCUCAUGUUCCAGGUAUUUCUGAUCACUGCUCCUUCUUGGUUACUAUUUUUGAGAAAGCACGAUGUAGAAAGCCUUUUAGAUUUUACAAUUUCUGGAUGAAGAAUCAUCAAUUUAAGGCCUUGGUUAUAAACUCUUGGGUCCAACCUCAGUCUGGGUCUGCAAUGCUUAGUUUCUCUCUUAAACUCAAAAGAUUGAAGCCUGUUUUAAGGAAUCUGAAUUCCCAAUGGGAUGAUAGCAUUAGGGAUUUGGAAAAAGAUGUUGUCAGAACAUACAUGGAAUUAAGUGCUGCAGAGGAAUCUUUUAAAAAGCAAAAGUCGAGGGUGAAUUGGUUGGUGCUUGGUGAUAAUAAUACAAAGUUCUUCCAUCAUAAAGUUAGUUCUCAUAGAGUAAGGAAUCUUAGCUUGAUUAUUGCUGAUGGAAUUUGGUUGGAUAAACCUGCGGACGUUCAACACGAGGAUGCUAGAGCUUCUUUACAGCAGAUUAUUAGAAGGAAAGUUCCUACCCAUAUGAAAGAGGACCAAGUGAAGCCAAUUCUGAUUGAUGAGGUUCGGGCUACCCUAAAUUCUAUUAAAGGGGAUAAGGCUCCAGGACCGGAUGGGUUUUGUUCAAGUUUUUUCCAGCAGAACUGGGAUAUAGUAGGGCAGGAUUUGGUUGCAGCUGUGAUGCUCUUCUUUGAGAAAGAGUAUAUUCUACGGGAGUGGAACUCUACAGCCUUGACCUUGGUGCCUAAGAUUCCAAACCCUUCUAUGGCAAAAGAUUACAAACCUAUUGCUUGUUGCAAUGUGGUGUACAAAGUCAUAACUAAGAUCAUUGCUAACCGGAUGCAGCAGACUUUACCCUUGGUCAUUAGUCAAACCCAAUUUGCUUUCAUUAAAGGCAGGAGUAUUGUAGAUAAUGUUCUUCUUAUGCAUGAAUUGAUAAGAAAUUAUCACAGAGAUGCAGGGCCCCCUAGAUGUGCCAUAAAGAUAGAUAUCAUGAAACCUUUUGAUUCUGUAGAUUGGGAUUUUUUGUUAGACACCAUGGUCGCUAUGGGUUUUCCGCAUAUUUUUGUUGGUUGGAUUAGGGCUUGUGUUACUACUCCCAUGUUUUCUAUAAUGAUGAAUGGUGGGCUGGUGGGGUACUUUCCAGGAGCUAGAGGCCUAAGGCAGGGGCAUCCCAUCUCCCCCUACCUUUUCUUAAUUGUCUUGGAAGCUUUUUCCUCUCUGCUGCAGUUUAACAUUGAGACUGAAUCUCUGAGAAUCAUUAUGAAUACCCUCAAAGAGUUUCAUAGCUAUUCUGGUUUACAGCCCAAUAUGAUGAAGAGUGCUUGUUACUUUUCUGGUGUACCUACUGCUCUUAAGCUGUCUCUUAUCGAUCUAAUGGUUAUUACAGAGAUUGAGGGAGUGCUGGGGGCUUUCUUAUGGUCUGGUCUUGACAUGAAGCAUACGGGUGCUAAAGUCAGUUGGAUGCAUCUGUGUGUUCCAAAGAAUGAAGGUGGGCUGGGGUUUAUGUCCCUUAAAGAAUGGAAUCAGGCUUCCAAUAUUAGGCACCUUUGGGCUUUGAGUUUUAAAGCUGCUUCGCUAUGGGUAAAGUGGGUGCAUAUGUACAUUCUGAAAGGGCAUAGUCUCUGGGAAAUUCCUAUACCAAAUGAUGCAUCAUGGGUAAUAAGGAAGCUUCUUAAAUUAAGGGAUAUUUGCCAAGGUUGGAUCAGGUAUUGCAUUGGGGAUGGAGAAGACACAUUUCUAUGGACUGAUAAUUGGCACCCCCUUGGUGCUUUGUACAAGCAGUUUGGGGAUUCCAUUGUUAUAAAUAGGGGCAGGGCUUUGAGGGCUAAAGUCCUCCAUUAUUGUUCAGGAAAAUUGGCGGUGGCCAAGACAGAGGAGUCGAGUUAUGAUGGAGCUACUUCUUAUUUCCUGUGGGGGGAGCGUAAAAUGCGGAUAUUUCAGAACAAGAGCAGGGAUGUAGAUGACCUAGCUGCAGCGAUUCUUGAUGCGAUUAGAGCAAAGCUUUGUUCUUUCAAUUCUGUAAAGUUUUCUUGCCUUAAUAGGCAAAUUUGUGAUGAUUGGGAAGGUUGUGGGGCUAUGUUUAGAAGUGUCAAUUGGUUCAGCCACGGUAAGCCGAUGCCGUUGGAUUUGGCAUCCCUGUAG